AGCUCCAACAUGAAUCUUACAAGACGAGAUAUAGAGAGAAUACUGGCUGUAUUCAUUGGCUUUUUAAGCAUGAUUACUUCGGGAUCAACAUACGCAUUUGGAGCAUUUACUAAUGCUGUAAAGGCACAUUUUAACUACACUCAGUCUGAAGUUGAAUUCCUUAGUUCGAUGCCAAAUAUUGGAAUAUCAUUUGCAUUUCCUGCUGGGAUAAUUAUUGAAAGAUAUGGUCCUCGUUUGUCAACACUACUUGGAGCAGUAUUCAGCUCUCUCGGAUAUGCCUUGUUAUACAGUACAACUUUACAACAAACAUUCUACCGUUCAAAAGCCUGGCUCCAGUGUGUGUAUUUCUUCAUAGCAGGCUUCGGUGCAACAUUUUUCUACAUGACUCCACUUUCAAUAAAUAUGGGAAAUUUUCAUCCAAAACACAGAGGGAAAAUAGUAGGAAUAAUGGAUGCCUCAUUCAGUGCUGGACCUGCUAUUUUUGCUGCAAUCUAUGGAACAUUGUUUGUUCAGGGACAUGUAACGGACGAAGAAAACCAAGAUCUGAAGGGAUUCUAUCUCCUUAAUAUUAUAUGUGCUUUGGUUGUAGGUGCCCUCUCUUUGAUCUUCGUAAAACGAAUAAGUUACGAUUUGGAUAUUGAAGUAACCCGUAUCAUUAAUAAUGAUUCAAAUGAUGAUCAUGAUCCAAUAACAGUGGAAUUCAAAGAAAUGUUUCCAAGAGAAAUUACCGGAAUAAAGCUACUAAAACGCUUUGACUUUCACUAUCUGUCUUGGGCAUGUUUCAUUUGCGCUGGUUUGCAGCUUAUGUUUCAAAAUAAUUUAGGGACGUACCUCAAAUCCUACGGAUUGGAGAGUUAUACAACCCUCUUCACAACACUUAACCCUAUUGCAGCCAUUGCCUCUAAAUUUUUUGCAGGUUUCAUGUCAGAUGCCAUCAUGCGUUGGGUGCCUAGGUCUGCUGUUUUGCUAUCUUUUAAUAUUUUACAAACAGUGGAUCUUGGAUUGUGUAUAUUUUUUGCAAACAACUUUGCAUUAUUUUUUAUCACAGACCUCGUAAUUGGCUUUGCAAAUGGCGCUGUUUGGUGUUUAACGCCUACUAUGAUAAGUGAGUUUUAUGGAAUGAAAAACUUUAGUAGGAACUGGGGCUUCAUCAUGUUAGGGAAUGCAGUUGGUGGACUAGUUCUUCAGGAAGCAUUUGGUGUCCUAUACGAUAUAAACACACGUUCUACCAAUCAGUGCUACGGACUGCAUUGCUUUACAUGGAGCUUCAUCAUAAUUGCAGUUUCCAGUUUAUGUGCUACAAUUCUUAAUGUUGGACUUCUGCAGAAGAAGUUGGAUGAGAAAAAGUAUGGAAAGGAAUGUCCAAGAGCCGAAUAUUGUUGUACGUAAAAUAUAAA